AGUUGUGUUAUCCAAGAGGGUGCAGUAAGAACAACGGAUUUCCUACAUUUCAUUCUCGUUGGAUUGGCACACUGUCUUAUUGGAUGAUGGCGUUUUCCUUGCUAUUUUGGUCGAGGAGGAUGUUAACAGGUUCAAGACUUGGGACGACCUAUUCUUUAUCUCUUGCUUCACCUAAAUGGAAAGAAUUGUUUGGACGAUGGACGAGAUCAGAGUUGAAACCACAAAGAUAUUUAUCGAAAGACAUCGACGGAAGAGAUGGUAAGAAAGAAAAGAAAACGGAAGAUUCUAAGGAAGAAAGUGAUGGACUGGACGAUAUUUUCGACGUUACGGUGAAACAGGAAGACCAAGAAGCGGCAGAAAAACGUGCCAAGGAAGCAAGGGAAAGGAAACCAAAAAGCGAUAUUCCUGCAAAACCUGAAAUUCCAAAACAGGUGGAAGAACAAAUUCUCAAAGAAUUCGAAAAGGCUGUAUCUGGUAACGCAGCACAAUCUAUUGUGGAGAAGUAUGGAUUGACUAAACAUCACAUAAAUGUAUUGUCAGCUUGUUCAGUUAGUACUCAGCGUUUACACGCUGGUCCUGUAGAGAAGUUUGGUCCCAUUCCCAUAGAGAAGAGAGUUAUUGGAUACAUUCAUUUGGAUGUACUAGACGCACCUGUGCCAGUAAAAGCGGCUAUUCGAAGAAUGACCGGCCAACAUUACAAAGGAGACUUUGUUAAGCUUGCUUGUGAAAAGUACCCAACUUCUAUUGAGAAUCUUGUACAUGUAAUCUGGACUAUGGAAACGAUUGUUCGUACUGCGAAGGAAACUGUUGGUAUUCAAGUGGAUCGAACUCCACUUUCAAGUUGGAGUGAAAUCAUGAACUGUGUGGAAUCGAUAGGAUAUGGAAAACAAACAAUAGAUUAUUUGAAUAUGUCUUAUGACAAAAUGUCUCAUUCCACCGGGAAACAACAGUAAAUACUACCCAUAAUGUUGAAAAA